CACAGGCUGUGGAGACCCGGGCUGUUCUCCCUGAGUCCUAGGCUCCCACCUCAAUUCAUUCCCCCACACCCCCGCCGCCCCGUGCCUCCCUGGUCCGUGCUGGGAACCCUAUCCUGCCCCUCGUAUCAGCCCGGCACUGGCCAGAAUUGCGGGCAUGGCGGUGAAGAUGCUGCAGGACUGGUGCAGGUGGAUGGGGGUCAACGCUCGCAGUGGUCUGCUCAUCCUGGGCAUCCCGGAGGACUGUGAUGAUGCCGAAUUCCAAGAGUCCCUCGAGGCUGCCCUGUGGCCUAUGGGACACUUUACGGUGCUAGGCAAAGUGUUUCGAGAGGCCACCGCGGCCCUGGUCGAGCUCAACUGGGAAGUCAACUAUGCUUUGGUCCCCAGGGAAGUCUCCGGCACGGGAGGCCAGUGGAACGUGGUCUUUGUGCCCUGUUGCUCAGGCGAGAAGUUUCUCGGUCUCGGUCGUGUGUUCCACUUCCCGGAGCAACAGAGGCAGAUGGUGGAGAGCCUGGCCGGCGCCCGGGGCGUGGGGCUGCGCAGGGUGUGCUGGCUCCGAUCCAUCGGUCAGGUGGUCCAGCCCUGGGUGGAGACCGUGAGGUACCAGAGCCUGGGCGUGUUUUCCGGGAGGGACCAGCCAGCCCCAGGGGAGGAGUGCUUUGAGGUCUAGCUAGACCACACCACCGAUAUGCUGCAUGUGUGGCAGGGGUUCUCGGAAAGGGAGAGGAGGAGGAGGCUGCUGGAAGGCUUGCGUGGGACCGUCCUGCAGCUCGUGCACGCUCUCCUGGCGGAGAACCCCGCCAGGACGGCGCAGGACUGUCUGGCGGCCCUGGUCCAGGUGUUUGGAGACAGUGAGUCCCAGGUGACCAUCCUGGUGAAGUGUCUGACCGCUCAGCAGCAGUCAGGCGAGUGUCUCUCGGCUUUCGUGUUGCGGCUGGAAGUCCUGCUGCAGAAGGCCAUGGAGAAGGAGGCCCUGGCCAGAGCAUCUGCCAACCGCGUGCGCCUGAGGCAGAUGCUCACCAGGGCCCACCUUACUGAGCCUCCGGAUGAAGCACUGAUGAACCUGAGAAUGGCCGGGAGGUCUCCAAGUUUCCUGGAGAUGCUGGGGCUCGUUCGGGAGUCUGAGGCAUGGGAGGCCAGUCUAGCCAGGAGCGUGAGAGCCCAGGCACAGAAAGCAGCUGGUGCCUGGGCUGAUGCCCAGGCUAUUGCCAGAGCCCACACUAAAGUAGAGGCGGUCCCAGGAGGUCCUGGCUGGGGGCCAGAGGGCCUCGUCCAGGCAGGGGGCCAGGAGGCUGAGGAGCUCCUCCCUGAGGGGCUCAAGCUGGUCCUGGAGGAAUGUGAUAACUAGGUUGGGGCUGGGGAGGCAGCCCAGCGUGAGUCCUCCCUGGGCAAAUAGGCUCCGAGGACUCCUGGGCCUCCUCCUCUCAGGCAGCCUCGAGGGACUCUUGGAAUUCGGCAUCAUCACAGUCCUCCGGGAUGCCCAGGAUGAGCAGACCACUGCGAGCGUUGACCCCCAUCCACCUGCACCAGUCCUGCAGCAUCUUCACCGCCAUGCCCGCAAUUCUGGCCAGUGCCGGGCUGAUACGAGGGGCAGGAUAGGGUUCCCAGCACGGACCAGGGAGGCACGGGGCGGCGGGGGUGUGGGGGAAUGAAUUGAGGUGGGAGCCUAGGACUCAGGGAGAACAGCCCGGGUCUCCACAGCCUGUGAAUGCGAGCGGCCGAGAGCGAGGUUAAUGCCCACCCCUCCCGACGCCCACGUCCACGUCCACCCCCACCCCC